CAGGCAUGACGUGGAUGUUGUGCUAUAAAAUAACACUCGGACACAUAAAAAACUUGUAAGAGUAUGGAAAACGUGUGGGGCACAAAGGCUGACAGAGGUGUCUGCCUGUGUGCGAUUGUGUUAGAGGAAGGACAUGCGGUGUGGAGAAUGCAUGUGCAAGAAGGAGAUUUAGGAGGAGAGGGAGAGUGGAGCAGCCGAGAAGGGAGAGUGGGAGCGGCAGACGGAGAGAAGAAGAGACAAGAGAAGGAGAUUCAGAAAGAGAGCUGUAACCAGCAACUGCACGUCUGCCUCUCUCCGCUGCCUCUCGGAUGUCCCUGAGCACAGCUGUUGGUCUGUUGCAGAACUGCGAGCGAAUCUCCUGGUUUGUGGACUGCAUGAAGCAGCUUCUAAGCUCGUAGUACACACCAGUCAGGAUUCUACUGGAGUUGUGCUAAUACAGUCAAUUAUGAGUGAAGGUUUGACCAGCAAUGCUGUGGACUUGACAGAACACCCAUGAUCUCCAGUCAACUCUGGCAUACCCUCUUAAGAUGGGAAAUGCCUCUGAAUCAUAUUUGUUCGUUUCCAGAAUAUCCAAAAGCAAUGACUUCCUCAUGGGAACUCUCUACACCAUUUUUGGGGCCCUGUCUUUGCUGGGGAAUGGUAUCUUGUUGUUCGUGGCUUACAGAAAGAAGUCUUCCUUAAAGCCAGCAGAGUUUUUCGUUGUCAAUCUGGCCAUCAGUGACCUGAGCAUGACCCUAACUCUGUUUCCGCUUGCAAUUCCUUCAGCUUUUUGGCACAUGUGGUUAUUCAACAGGAUGACCUGCACUGUAUACGCCUUUUGUGGUGUUUUGUUUGGACUGUGCAGUCUGACCAACCUCACUGUGCUCUCUUGUGUCUGCUGGCUGAAGGUCUGCUGCCCCAACUAUGGUAACAAGUUUUCAUACAGCCAUGCCUGCCUGCUGGUGGCUUGUGUCUGGUGCUACGCUGGAGUGUUUGCUGUUGGUCCAUUGUCAGGCUGGGGGCAGUACGGGGCUGAACCUUAUGGAACAGCGUGCUGCAUUGACUGGCAUGCUCCCAGCCAAAGUUCUGCAGCUAUGAGCUACAUCAUUUGCCUCUUCUUCUUCUGCUACAUUGUGCCCUGCACUGUCAUCUUUCUGUCUUACACGUUCAUCCUGCUGACAGUAAGAGGGUCUCGGCAGGCUGUACAGCAGCAUAUGUCACCACAGAACAAGAUCACCAACGCUCAUGCACUUAUUGUUAAGCUCUCUGUGGCGGUUUGCAUCGGUUUCCUGACAGCAUGGAGUCCAUAUGCUGUGGUUUCCAUGUGGGCAGCAUUUGGUAACUCAACAGAAGUGCCACCCAUGGCUUUUGCUUUGGCAGCUAUCUUUGCCAAGUCCUCCACCAUUUACAAUCCAGUUGUUUACCUGGCGUUCAAACCCAAUUUUCGCAAGUCACUAUGUCGGGAUGUGGCCAAAUGCAGAAGCACACUAUUUGGAUGUGUGUGCUGGCACAGCUCUGCACAGAAGGGAACAUGUAGACAGUCUCAUAAUGAAGAGUGCAAUUCAACCCGGUUGUCCAAUGGACUACCUGAGAAUCACAGGACCUGCAGACACUGUCCUUGCCCUGAAACAGACACGGGUGCCAGGGAAAAUUGUGGAGACUAUAGCCCCCAACAAACAGCCAGAAUCCUGAAAGGAUCUCUGCACAGCGAGAUGGCUGUCAGUCAGCUCUCUAAUGAAAUGCAGAGCGACUUCCUUUAAGUGAACAGAAAAGACACUGCAAGACAAUUGAACCAUGAAGACAUUUAAAGAAAUAGAAGAAAAAAACGUGAAACAUAUCAAACAUAAAGAUGAGCAGAGACCUCAGAAGUGUCAUGAUUUUGGAAAAUCCAAGCUUGUGUCAUGCCUCAAAUAUGUGCCGAAGAAGAAUAAAAAAGGAUAGAACAGCAAACAAAAGAAGUUAAAAGUCAAAAUAGGACAAUACAAAAGCCAAACUGUUCACAAAUGUAAACAUUAGGGUUUAAAUAAGUUACAAGCAAAAAAAAAAAAGAAAUAUCUUAUCUUAACAAUCAGUAUCGAGGAAACAAGACUGACAAAUUUCAAUGCAUUUUUAUUUUUGAUGUUUGCUUUUUCAGAUAGAGGAAGGGACACUGACACUUUUGACUCCCUCAACAGCCCUUUAUGUGCUUUUUAUGAUUGUUGAUGUAUAUGUAUUUUAAUAUGCAUGCAAACUAAAAGGACCACUUAGUUGUUUUCAUUUUCCAACAGAAAAAAGUUUUUACUGCUCACCUUUUUCUAAAGCAAUGAACUAAACAAAAGGAAAUUCAUAAAAAAAUGAAAAAACGAAACCGAUUUGAGAAGAUUUAAAAAAAAAUGCAUACAGGGUAAGAUUCUGCUUUAUCACCCCCAUGUUACCUGUAAAGUGUGGCCAGAGGCUUGUAUUGAUGCCUCACAAAGAAGACGUGCCAGUUCUGUCAAUUAAUUUUUUUUAAUCUUAAAAAAAAGACUUACAAACUUGCAACUCUCACCAGUAGUAAAUUACCUUGUAAUUAUUUACAGAACCUGAAAAUUCUUAUAAAAUAUAAAAAAGCCUGAAGUGUGGUUCAUUCAGACAGCUGGACAAAGACAAUAAGAGGUAGAUGGAGCUGGACAAACAUGCAGGCAUAGUAGUAAUUAUGCCAUUCUAUUUUUGUUUUUAUGUAUUUAUUUAUUUAUUGUGCUUAUGGAUAUUCUCAGUAUGACAAUUUAUGGGUUAUUAAAAGUAUAGUUAAAUCUAGUCAUGUUGGAGUAUGUGAUUUAACAAUUUACGAAUCUAUUGGGAUAUCUUCUUGAUAUCUCUGGAAAAGGUUAACAGCUUCUUAAAUUCUAUCAAAUAGCUUAUUUAAUAGCUUACAUAUUACCACAGAUUUUGAGGUUUUUUCCUCAGUCCAACAAUUUUAACUAAUUAAAGUCAGAUCAGAGGAACUUUUUUUUUUCAAAUCUUGUGCAUUUUUCUAAAAUGCUUCUUUUUGCUUUAUUGGCAUAACUACGUAUAUGCAGCAAUGAGGAAAAGAAUAGCAGCAAUUCUUUGACAGAAUUCAGCACAAAAGGGAACUCUAAAAUGGGCUUUUAACACUUAUUUAUUCCCACCAAAAAAAAAGGAGCAGGAUCUAGUAUGUCACGGCUAUGCAUGAACAUUGAACACCUGCCUUUAGUGCUUUUACUGCCUGUAGUUUAUUAAAACUGUAACAACGGGGAAGCUUUUCCUCAGCACAUGCCAACAUUGUUCUGAAAGAAAACGCCCAUGAAGGAAAAUGAGCUUCAUGGCAGUAUUUGCCCCAAAGCACUUUUUCUGUUUUCCUCUGGCAGCAUAAGUCACCAAACUGGGGAACAAAAUGAGAUUAGACAUACAAGAUAAAGCUGAUCUAUUCGAUUACAUGGGCUGGUUGAAUACUGUGGUUUUCAUGAUUCUUCUUUAUUUUGUGUUUAGAGGGGAGAGGACUGCUCUAUUCAGUUCCCACAAACUACCUUAACACAGACCUUUUUUUUUUUUUCACUCUCUGACUGCCAUAAUAUAUCAUGCUAAAACAAUCAGGUCUUUGUGGUUGCCCCACUCCUUGGGUUACACUCAAGGAGACUGUGGAAAAAUCUAAGUUAUCAUUAUCAUCUGAACUAACAGGCAACUUGGGCUUUUAACACUGCACGUGGCUGGAGGGUCAGAUCCUCAUGCGUACAGGGCUUUUAUCAUUGUUUGCUAAGGACUAAAGUGCUCCAGCAGUUAUUAACUCUGCAUAAAGAAUAAAGCUGCCUUUUUUCACUCAGCUAUUGCACUUAAGUAGUAGAUUUUCAAAAACAGCUCAGUUAUAUUAAAGCGAUGUCUAGCAACACUUAGAUUACUUUUGACCUGCUCUCAAAUGCAAAUCGUCGCCAACCACAAAGAAUCAUUUCUACCUCUUUAGCUCUAAAUGGAGGAUAAAGACUAUUGCUAUCAUCAUUGUUGUCAGAGUUUGAACUUUUCAUUACUAAAAGUCUUUCUUCCAGCAUUUUCUUGCAAGUUAAUAAAAAAAUAAAGUCUAACUUUUAGUUGAUAACCUGUGUUUUUACUCAAUCGGUUCAAUGUUCACAGACUGCCUCAGUGUUCAAUGAAAGCAGGGUGUUCACACUAAUUAAAGAAUCUCAGUUGAUUUAACCCUUGUGCUAUCCUAGGCACUUGAACAUUGGGAGUUGGGUCAUCUAGACCCACUAGACAGUGCGCUGAACCUUUUUUCUUCAAUGAUUUGUGAUCUUCACUGGUAAAGUAAACUACUCAACCUGUGGUUGUCAUUUUUAAAUUUCAAAUCUUAAAAAGAAAACAAAAAAGAGGUUUAAAUGACAGGUGUAUAAAAGCAGUCUAAUGAUAUCAACUGUUAUCUACCAUAAACAUUCUUCAAACCUCAGUGCAAACUUGUGAAAAUCAAGUGAGAAUUACUGGGAUGUGAGAUAGAAUGAAAGAUGCCUCGGGCUGUUUGAAGGCAGGGUUCCUUUCGGAUGACGCAUGGAGCUACUUGUGAAAAUCUCACUGCUGUAACAAUAAGGACCAUUUUUGGAGGCAAACAGACCUUUGAGCAGAUGUGCUUUAGUCAAUGCAGUAAAGCAGGAUGGCUGUCUUAAACUUUUCAUAGACAGGAUGUAUCUGACAGCUUGUGAUCUGAAACAGUUCGGAUGGUACAGGAUGAGAUAAGCUACUUACAGUACAAGACAUGAUUCCAACCUCCCAGAAUAAGUGCAGAACGGUUGAACCUACCCCUCACAUGAUUUCAUGCAGACUGGAACAGAAUAAAUGACCAGUGCAAUGCAACAAGAACGUUGUGCUUGUCAUGCUGCAGCCAAAGGCUACAAUUACCUUUAUAUUCAUCAAAGCCAAUGUGCUGUUUUGGACACUCUUAUUUUUCUACCAAUAUGCAGGUCAACAUGAACCGAGCAUACAUAUCAAAGACUUGGCUUGAGGUUUUGAGCUGGAGAGGCUUUUAAGUGGAAAAUGUGGGAAAAGAUGGAUGAACAAACCAGAAAAACUGUGAAAAGAUCUGCCUGUGAUUUUUUUUUUUUUUAUUGUAUUGUAUUCUAUUCAUAUUAGAAAAGUAUGUACCUGUGUAUUUUGUAAUAUUAGCCAUUCCCACCUGGGUCAUUUACACUGGUUUUAGCUGUUACAGUUGCUCGACAUGCUGUUAAUAUUGUUGUUGCCUGCUUGCAAAUAUGUACAUAUGAUGUGCUUGUACAAUGCCAAAUUCCUAGAUUAUACAUAAAUACCAACCAAAAUAGAGAUUCUUGCUGCGUCUUGAAAUGGGGAAGAUGGGUCUUAUUUCCUAAUGUUGUUUCAGUUUCCGGCUGUUCACAUUCAAAGGGUUUGACAUUUUUUUUCCCCAUUAUGACAUUUUGGUGCAAAAUAGCUGCAGGGUCUUUGAAUUUUCAGGCUGGAGCUGGAAUCCAUUCUCCUUGAGCGCUUUAAAUUUGUCAUGACAUGACCAUUUGCCUUUGCACAUGUACAGUUUCCUGUAAAAACACAAGCUAGGCAAGCAGCACUAUCUGGAAAAGCUAGUUUUCUAUAAACGCUCUGGUACAAUAACCUGGGUUAGACUGAGGAACAUUCCCAUCAAAUUAACAAAAGUUUUUAUCUUCAUUCAAUGGUUUUGAGGAAGAAGCAUUAUAUGUAAUCCAAAAAAGUACCUUUGUGCUUUCCCCUCCAACAACAACAAAUAAAAAUUGCGACAAAAGUAUCUAAAUGCAUUCUUGACCUUUUGGUCAUAAUUUUGGGCAAAUAUUGGCAGAACCACAAGAAAAAAAAGACAUAAACCACAUUUUAAUUCAUUAAAAGUCAAUCAUCUCUAUACGAUUAUCAGUAUAUGUUUAGUUCGGAUUUAUACCAGAAUGCAUUUUGUUGAUAGAAUUGAAUUAGGAGAUUUAAACAUGUAUUGUUACCGAAAUGCAAAGGUAUUUGGCACCAAAAUGCUAAGAUAACUUUAAAUAACCACAGUGAUGAUGUAGCAGGAGUGUUCAUGAGGCUUGAAGCAGAUAUGAUUAUCCCUUGAAUUGAGCUGUGCUGCUGCCAUCGGUGCAGAUAAAAGCCCCCUAUAUCAGUCUUUGACAAAUGUCUUCUUCUUGUUGGAUCAGAAUCGUAUUUGUCAGCACAUUAGCUGGAAACUCGACAAUGAUUUUCCUAAUCUUAUUUUGAAAGCAAGCCUCUAAAUCAGGACAAACUAUUUAUGUAACAAUUAAAUAGAUUCAAAUUCAAAUCCGUUUGCACAAAAAUACUGUUUAAAUACAAACUCUAAUCCACUAUUUAUAAAGCUGAAUAUGAUCAGGAAGACGCAGGAAUAAAUUGAAAGUUUAUUGAAUCGCUAAACAUCUUUCUUUUGAAUAGAAAACAUCUUGUCCUCAGGAGAUUUUCAGCUUUGGAGCAGACUGUAUGACUAUACCCACAGCAGAUGACUCACAUCAUAAGUUUUGUAGACUCUGACUCCCCUUUGUAUAAGACGCAAACAAGAUUGAAUGUGAUGUGCACAUGUUCAAAUAUGAAAAGCUACGUUUAACUUGAAAUAUUUAAAAAAAAGAUUAAGGUUAUUAAAUUAUUAUAAUAGUUGUCAGUUAUCUUUCAGAUGCACUGUGAUACUGUUUACAUACUUUUUUUUGGGUCAUGAAAUAUAAAGAAUUAAAUGAAAAGUGUAAAGUGCAUCUACUCAAGGGUAUAUAAUUUGUUCAGAAGUGUAAUGUAAAUUUAAAAUAAAAAUAAUUCAGAAUAACA